AUGUCUAUCAGUGCAGCUUCUAGGUCAAAUCUAUCUUCGUCUCGUCCCAUAUCAUCCCUCCGACCUUCACCACCGGACCCAAACUCACAAGAACGUUCAACGGCCUUCCGUCUAGUAAAACCAACAUGUGUUCAACUCAUGUCUCUAGCUUCUAUCCCUCCUACACUCACCUCUCCCCAUUCCAGAUUAUUAGACCAGCUCAAUUCACUCCUUCCUUCUCUCCCCCCUACCGCCUUUACACAGAGUAUGAUUAAUUACCUCAUCUUCCCUAUCACUCAAAUCCUUCGUUCUUCCAACCCCACUCAACUACCUGAAAACGUACUCGAAUCGAUAUUCCGCUUACUCUCUUUUCUCGUCCGUCGUUGGAGGGAUUUAGAAGGAGGUAUAGAAAUAAAAGCUUGGGAACAAUUAUGGAGGUUUACCAAUGCUGCCGUCGGACCAUUAUCCUCCAAUGGAAAAAAUAAAAAUAAGGAAAUGAAUCAAGAAAUUAGAUUACAAGCUAUAAACCUUCUUUCUUCAUUACUCGAACCAAAAGAUAAUCAUCCGAAUGAUUCAAUGAAAAAAUUAUGUGGGGAUUCAAAAGCGGUUUUAAUGCCUACUUUAUUUCAAACGAUAACAUUCCUAUUAGAUUCUUCAACUCCAACUCCACCAUAUCUCCAACUUCAAUUAUCAGCUCUACGAUUAUCUCGUCAGAUCAUAAGAACGUAUCUUAAAGGACAACAUGCUGUACUUGCUGCUAUUUUACCAGGAACCAUUUCCACCAUGGUUCGAUUAGUCCAACAAGAAGGGAAAUUAUUAAAAGGUGAUGUGGCUGAAUUAGUCAUGGGACUCGUAGGAGAUAUCAUAGUGUUCACUCUGAACGACGAAGAUUUACGAACUUUAGGUGUACUUCGACCUAAAGUACAUGACCUUUCUCAACUUGCGGAAGAAUGGGAAAUCUCUCAAGAUCAUUCACCUCCAGAUAAUGAAGUUCCAUCUUCUCCUACUCCUAGUCAAUCAUCCACCACAAGUCAAAAUCCCUUUCCACCAUUGUCAUCUUCCUAUUUAUCAUUUACAUCUGCACAAUUACAAGCUGCCAUUCCACCCUUACUCUCUUUACUAUCAGCCCAUACUUCUCAUCAAGCUCGAAUAUCAUCGGCAAAACUUGCUUCUGAAUUAGUCGAACGAUGUCACGACUCCUUACCGGAUCUUAUACUCUCAAACAUAUCAUGCUUACUUCGUCUCUCACAAGAUACCUUCGAACUGGUCUCUCAGAGUGCUCGGGAUAGUUUUACAAGACUACUGGCGAACUCACAGUUCGACGUCAACUCUCACCUCAUCGAUCUUUUGAGCAAUACCAUCAACUCCCUUCCUCGACUGAUAACGUCAAAACAAGACGAAAAAGUCCACGACGCAGCAAAACUCAUCACUGCAAUAGCUGAGAUCACUCAACAAAUGUCUGUCACUGGGAACCAAAUCAAUGCCAUUGCGGAUCUCCUCGGACCCGGAGGGAACGUUGAAAGAUGGAGUUGGGGCUUUUUAACCUGCCUCGAACUCAGUCGACCUCUGGGAUGGUCUUCCAACGUCAACUCUGCCGCUAAAUCCGCGGAAAAGGGUUGGCAAAAGGGUAUGCUCACCUGUACCACUCUCCUCUUAGAAGAUGGGCAUCAAGACGACGUCACUGCGUUCUCAAUUCUGCAAUUCAAACACGUCGAAUCGCAAGCCACGCAGAAAGCUUUGGUCAAGAUGUUGAUCAGUCUCGGUGCUGCGGGAGGUGAAACGGCACUUCAUUCAGUGGACUUUUUACUCCGUUUUGCCAAAGCUAAUUCUGUCAUUGAAGUGUCUCGGGCUGUAUCAGCUAUAUUCGUGUCGAAUCAUUUAUUGGAUGGGAUUGCCUCUGUUCAGUUAUCCGGCGCAGAAGGAAAAGUGGGUCGUGCGACAAGAAAAAUGGCCAGAGAAAUGGUAAAGAUCUUAAUGUCGCUUGACGAGGAAGAUGGAGAAGAUUUCGAAACAUAUAUCUCCCAAGAUAAUUCUUCUCAAUCUGAUCCCACAUCCGACGCACUUUUACCUGUGGAAAGGAUACAAGGUGUGAACGCAAUCACCACACUAUUGGAUCGACCUUCCCUAGAAAACACACAUACCAAUGCAAAAACUCGUCAUCUUCAUUAUCGUUCCCAACGUACAUUAUUGACAUGUAUCUCUCUUCAAUCACUUUCCACAAUCUCACAUUUCCUCUCAUCAUCAUUUCGUCCUUUACUCCUGACAACCUUAUACACUCUCCUUUCUCAUCUUUCAUCAUCAAACGAUCAAAUAAUACAAUUCGCUUCCAUAUCACUUUCACACGUAGCGUAUAAUACAGGUUAUGCAACACCUCGAAAUCUCGUCUUGGAUAAUGUGGAUUAUGUCAUCAACAUUGUUUCACGUCGACUCACCCGGACUUCUCUUUCCGCUCAAGCACCAUUAGUGCUGAUAGCUAUGAUUCGAUUGGUAGGUGGGGAAAUAGUGGGUUUGGUACAGGAUGUAGUGGACGAGGUUUUCGAUGCUCUGGAUGAUUAUCACGGUUACGAAACUUUAUGUUCAGGAUUGUUAGCUGUUUUGGUAGCUUUAAUAGAAAGUAUGUCGCAGGAUGUUUUGUCACAAGGUUUGUCAGAAAAGAGGAAGGAGAAAAAGAAGGAGAUGAAUAGGAUAGAUCAAGCUCCUGAUCCUGAGAAAGAUUUCAAGAAUUUAUUCAAAUGGUAUGAAGAAAGACGAGGGAAUAAUCAAAAAGAGAUUGAUUCGAUAUUGAAACGAGCACCACAACAUGCUUGGGGUAAAGAAGAUGUUCUUUCUGAUCAUUCGAAUGAAACCUCCCGAGACUCGUCAACAAACCCUGAUUCACGUAACAAGCGUACACGCAACAAGCAUAAUGAAACUUCUAGUCUUGACGGGAAGGAUAGGAUGGGUAGUGAAAAUAAUAAUCCUCCAAACGAAGAUUCCCAACAAGAUGAAAGACGAACUGAAAACGAAGAACAAGAAGAAGAAGAAAUGGGAGAAGAUGGUGAACCUAAACUCACCAGAUCACAAUCAGUUUCAAUUGAGAUAAUUUCAAAAUCAAUUCCCUUCUUAUCACAUCAAUCACCUUUUUUACGUACAAAAGUACUUUCUCUUUUAACUCAAGCCGCACCCAUAUUAGCAAAUUCAAACCUUGAAUCUAAACUAUUACCUUUGAUAGAUAUAGCUUGGCCAUUGAUAUUAGCUAGGAUGGACGAAGAUAAAGAACCUUAUGUAAUAACGGCCGCUACGGAAACAAUCGCCAGUUUGUGUGAACAUGUUGGGGAUUUCAUGAGUAAAAGGAUAUUAGAUAAUGUUUGGCCAAGGUUUGCUAGGUUAUUAAAAAGACAAAAUGGGAGAGAAAAGUCCAACACUGUGCAUCGAUCAGGAUUUUCAAUGGUGAAUUCUCGAACACUAGGAAAAUCAGGUGGAUUAGGUAGUUCAAGAGGAUCAGGUGGAGUUAAGGGGUUAGGUGGAUUAGGAAUAGGUGGUAUAAAUGGUUUAGGUGAAAAAGGUCAAACGAAAUAUUCCGUGAAUCAUCGAUUAUACAUUUCUAUUUUACUCACCACCACUUGGAUAAUUAAAGAAGUACCUGUUGAUGAAGGUGUAAUGUGGGAAAUGAUGUUACUCCUUCGACCGUUUUUAAGUUCGAAAAUCGAUCAAGAAUUACAAGAUCUAGCCAAGGAUUUGUAUUUCGAAUUAGGGAAGAGAGAUGGGGAUGCGGUAUGGAUUUGUCUGGAAUCUAGUUUAGGUAAAGUAAGAGGGGUUUGGGAGUAUUUAAAAGAUGAAACUUUGAGUAUUGAGAGAAAUGCGGAAUGGGUGUUGGGUAGAAUAUGA